AUGGCUUCCAGAGCCGUUGUUGUUGUGCCUCACCAACUACAAAGAGAGGAAGGCAAGCAGAAGAAGGUAGCAGCAGAGGGGAAAAAUAGGCAAGUUCUUCAAGACAUUAGUAACCUAGUAGUAACUGCCCCUGCUGCCCAAGGGAAGAUCCUUGCUAAGCUUCCUGUCCCAUCAGAGAAGAAUAAGAAACCGGUCAUAGAAGUAAUUAAUGGGGGGCUGACGGCUGGAAAGUCCGGUGCUGCAAAGAAGGCUGUGGCAGCUGUAAAUGAGAAGAGUGCUGUUAGUGGAAGGAGAUCUAGAGGAGGAGCCUCAAAGAAGAAUGCCAGGGCCUUUACAUCAAUUCUCAGUGCCCGAAGCAAAGCUGCUUGUGGGCUCACUAGUAAGCCAAAGGAUCCAAAAGUGGACAUUGAUGCAGCUGAUGCCGAUAAUGAGUUGGCAGUAGUUGAAUAUUUGGAUGAAAUCUACCAGUUUUACAAGCUCACAGAAGAUGAUAAUCGUGUGAACGAGUACAUGGCUUUACAGCCAGAAAUAAAUGCCAAGAUGAGAUCAAUCCUUGUAGACUGGUUGAUAGAAGUUCAUCACAAGUUUGAACUCAUGCCAGAAACCCUCUAUCUUACCAUAAACCUUGUCGAUCGAUUCCUUUCGGUUAAAGUUGUACCAAGGAGGGAGCUUCAGUUAGUUGGCAUCAGCUCAAUGCUUCUUGCAAGCAAAUAUGAAGAAAUUUGGGCACCAGAGGUCAACGACUUUGUCUGCAUUUCAGACAAUGCUUAUGGUAAAGAAAAGGUGUUAGUGAUGGAGAAAGCAAUCUUGGGAAAGCUGGGAUGGUGCCUAACAGUUCCCACAACUUAUGUCUUCCUGGUGCGCUAUAUCAAAGCAUCAUCUGCUUCAUCUGAUGACGAGUUGAUGGAGAAUAUGGUGUAUUUUCUGGCUGAACUGGGUCUGAUGGACUAUUCUGCUACGAUUCUCUACUGCCCUUCAAUGAUGGCAGCUUCGGCUGUUUAUGUUGCUCGAUGCACCCUUGACAGGACCCCUUUCUGGACUGAGACUCUCAAGCAUCAUACUGGCUAUUCUGAAGAUGAGCUGAUGGACUGCACAAAGCUGUUGCACACUUUUCAUUCUGCGGCUGCAGAGAGUAAGCUCAAGGCAGUCUAUAACAAGUUCUGCAGCCCGCAGCAUGGUGCCGUGGCUCUUCUUUCACCGCCUGGUGGUAACCUUUCCACCAAAUAA